CUAACCAGUCUCAAUCUCAAAUAAAUGUAAAGAGAAUGAGCGCACUCAUACUGGAGAAUAUGUUUAUAAAUCCUUGCAGUGAACUGAAUAUUGUUUAUGUUUAUCCCACUUUAAUUCUUAAUGAUUGUUAAUAUCGUUAUCUACGAGUUAUCUCGAGUUAUGUAUUUAACGCCUACUCCAGUAGCCGGUCUUGUGCUUGUGACUUCGAAAAGUGAUGAUCAAGCAGAAUUCGAAAAUAACAGACCCUGAACAGACCCGGCAAUUUUGAAUAUUUGAAAUGAUCAAAUUGAACAUCGGGAUUUUUGUGUUGAUGCUAUUGUUGCUAUUACUUGACAUCCCAUAUAACACUGCUUUGCCCCUACAGCAAUUACAUGUGCUUUUCAGACAUGGUGAAAGAUCACCCACAGAGACAUACCCAAAUGACCCAUAUAUUAAUCACACAUGGCCUGAUGGUUGGGGCUAUUUGACAAAUACAGGAAAGUUACAAAUGUACUCUCUGGGUAUGACCAUCAAAAAUCAAUACAAGCAUUUUAUUCAGGACACCUACUGGCCUAAAGAUAUCAAUAUCUCCAGCAGCUAUUCAGACAGGUGCAAGAUGAGUGGACAGCUAUUUUGUGCUGGAAUGUUCCCACCUACUGGGGAGCAAAUAUGGAAUGAUGAUUUACUUUGGCAGCCAAUUCCAAUAAAUUAUCUCCCCAGAAGUGAAGAUAUUACUAUUGCAAUGAAAGCAAAAUGUGGAAAGUAUGAUGAACAAUUGAAAGAAGCAAGAGUUUCACCAAAAAUUCUAGAACUAGAAGCAGCUCAUCAUGAUUUAUUUGAAUAUUUGACAAAGCAUACUGGUAAACAUAUAAGUAACAUAGAGGAUGUUGAAUUUUUAUUCAAUACCUUGGAAAUAGAAGGACUGAACAAUAUGACUUUGCCUGACUGGGUCAAUCAGUCCAUGCUGGCUACAAUGGAAAAAUUGGCAGCAAGAAAUUUGGCUUUGUAUUCUGAAACAGAAUACAUGAAGAGGAUGAAAGGGGGAGUUUUUGUGAAAACUGUAAUUUCUUCUAUGGAAAGAAUUUCAGAAGGUCAGAGUGAACCAUAUCUGAAUCUAUAUGCAGGUCAUGACAUAACUUUGGUUCAUGUUCUCAGAGCGUUAAAACUUACUGACACUAUAAAACCGGGAUUUGGAGCAUCCUUAAUCCUGGAGCUGUAUUCGGAUGGUGAAAUAAAGGUUAUUUAUCGAAAUUCGUGGGAUGGUAGCCCAGAGAAUAUGUCACUUCACCAUUGUUCUCCUCCAUGUCAAAUUAGUGCUUUUCGAAAAUCGCUAGAAUCGGUUCUACCACUGAACUGGGCAGAAGAAUGCAAUCUAGAAUAGUUGCUGGAUGAGAUUCUCCCUGAAGAGCUGAUUUGAUCGAUGUAUCACACUCGGGGUCAAGCGGGAAUGAUUACAGAGAUAUGGAAAAUUUUAUAAUAUACAGGGUGCUCAAUUUAAAAUUACAAAACCGGAGCCAUUUCCCGUGAAACUGGGAAUGACCGGGAAGUGAAAAAUAUACGAAAACUGUCCUCUUCAUAUACUAUUCAUUUUGAUACACCGAAUAUCCUAGAUGUAUCGGCUUGUCUAAUAGAUUAGUUGACACCCGGUAUUUCUGAUUUGUUUCCCUUUGUUCCCCAUCCUAACUGGCAAAUGUGUCCAUGGAAUGAUGUUACCUCAUGGCCUAUAAGUUAUUCACGGCGGAUUUACAGUGGUUAUGAAAUCUUGCAUAUCUCCGUUUAGAAUAAUUAUCUAGUACAGUUCGAGGGAACGUCAUAAAAUGUGAAUAAAUGUUUGAAAUUAUGCAUUUUUUAACUUCCCUUCAUAGGGUGUCCCAAUAUUAUCGUUUAUAUCCAAUGUUCACUUAUUUGAAAAUAUGAAAACAUGAAUCGGAAACUCCUUUUAUUGUCAUUCUAAUACACUUCACCAACCUUUGAGAACUACCCCCCAACUUUUUUCAUCAAAUUACAGAGACCGUAUGUACCAAUCUCGGAUCUCAUUCAGGAUAUCAAGUAAUAAUUUGGAAAACUUAGUUUUCAGAGUUUUGCUAUUACUUAACAUAAUAACUACUAUAUGAGUUCGAUAUGUCGCUUUACCCUGUAUUUAGGAUGAAAUGACAAUAAUGCAUUUUCAAUGAAAAAUUCCGAUGACGAAUAGUUUGAGAGAGCCCUGGAAGGCUGGUAAAAGUAGUCUUUCAAACCUAAUUAGAAGGCACACUAUUCUUCUCAAUUAAGCGAAAUGUCGCAGGCAAACGAUAACUUGAGACACAUCACUGUAUACAGGGUUCCCUAGAAUAUCUGGAAAGAUAAUGCAAAGAGUAUUCCAAAGGGCAUUAUUAGAAAGCCCUAUUCAUCGCACCCUUGAAACCUUGUUUAUUGUUUUAUUUCAUAAACCCAAAAUAUUACCCCAUACUUGAAAAUUAUAAAUACCUCCAUGUAUAUUAACUAAAUACUGUUUUCCUAACUCCAUAUUCAUUUUGUCAUGAAAAAAAUCAAAUAA